AUGAGAACAUCGUCCUGUUCAUGGGCGCGUGCAUGGCGCCGCCGCACCUGGCCAUCGCGGGCGUGCGGCGGGGGAUGUCCCUGCACCAACACCUCCUCCAGGGCUCCAGGGUCACAUCGCGACAGUCACCCACAUGCGGCCAUUAGCUGUCGCGGCCGGGGUCGUCGAGCCGCGAGGAGAGCACGGGCGAGGAGAGCGGCUUCGAGGAGGAGGAGCCCGUGGAGUGCGCGUGCCGCCCCGGUGCUGGAGGAGCGCCGCGACUCGGGCGCCUCCACCACGCAGGUCACGGGCGGCCACGACCCGCUGGCGGAGUGGGCCAUCCAGUGGGACCAGCUGCGCUUCGGCCACGUGCUGCGCCGCGGCUCCACCACCAACAUCUACAGGGGCCGCUGGCACGGCGACGUCAUGAUCCACACCUUCGACGGCUCCGACGCCAGCACCGAGCGCCGCUUCUGGGCGCUGGUGUCCAGCCUGUCCAUGAUCCGCCAUGAGAACAUCGUCCUGUUCAUGGGCGCGUGCAUGGCGCCGCCGCACCUGGCCAUCGUGACGGGCGUGCGGCGGGGGAUGUCCCUGCACCAACACACCUCCUCCAGGGGCUCCAUCCCCUACCCCUCCAGGGUCAACAUCGCCCGACAGGUCGCGCAGGCCAUGUCGUACCUGCACUCUCGCGGCAUCAUCCACGGUCGCCUCAACUCUCGCAACGUUUUCCUCGAAGCCAAGAUCAAGCUGAGCCUCCUGGACCACAGCAUGGCGGAGUCGUCGCCGGCGGGAGAGGACACGGGGUGCCUCGCGCAGGGGCUCCUCACCUACCUGCCUCCCGAGAUGAUGCGGACCGUGGUCGUGGCUCCGCCCCAGGUCACCGUCAGCGCCCCGCCCACCCAGCAGUCGGACGUAUACAUGUACGGGACGCUCCUGUACGAGCUGUUCGCCGAGGCCACGCCCUUCGCCUCACAGCACCCCCACGCGGUCAUCCUGCAGGUGGGCAAGGGAAGGCAGCCUCCCACGGGGGAACUGCAGUGCACUCAGAACCUGAAGACCCUCAUCGGCGAGUGCUGGGACUCGGAGCCGGCGCAGCGCCCCAUCUUCCCGGACAUCCUGCGCACCCUCCAGCAGACGCUGUCCCUGCACCGCGCCCACUCCACGUCCGAGCCCGAGAGACUGAACCGCAUAGGACUCUCCGGCAGGAUCUCUUGCUGACAGGAGUUCGGGCGGCCUCCUCCUCCGGGAAGGUCGCUCACGGAGGAGACGAUCGCGGACUCCCUGGCCGGCGAACACUUCCUGAAGCUUCCCUGAGGCGAAGGAGGGAGGAAGGAAGGAGAUGGCAAGGAGGAAGGAGCGGGAGAAGGAGGAGAGGGGAGGAAGAUGUAAACGAGAAGGAGGAGGAGAAGGAAGGAACGGGAACACGAGAGAGAGAAGGAUGGAAGGAAGGAAGUGUUCGCCUCCGGGCAUGUGUGCGCCAGAGUCCCGCGUGGCCGCCCGACACGACACGCCCACGCCCAUCGCCCGCCCGUGCUCACUGGCUGGGUUUCCUCGCUGACGCCCGCGUGUAAAAAGCAAAACAAAAGAACAUCGAGACUCAUAACGAGGUCGAUAUACUGAGGUCAAAAACGAAUGUGGGCCAAAAAAAAAGACAAAAAAAAAGACAGAGAGAAAGACAGAUGAAAAAAAUAUGUCUACAUGUGUUGUAUGUGUCAACCAAGCGUAAAAUUGAGACAGAUCAAGUGCUUUUUUCUGUCUUGAUUGUGUCUGACACUAUUACCAAAUCUCUCGUAACCAAAAAUCUUUUUUUUUUAAGAUGUGUACUGCUCUUUUUCUGUUAUGAAGAAAAACAAGGGAUGAAAUGAAAUAAUGUAGUGUAAGAUAAAGAUAUAUUAUCUCACAACCGAGCCAGAAGUAGAUUACCUCUUUAAAAGUGUUUAUAGGGUUUUGUGAAAGUAAAACAAGUUUUGUAUUAGCGAUCUCUACAUGGCAGGCGGCCGGGAGAGAGAUGCCUAUAGUACUCUUAAGAUGAAUAUCUGUUUACCUCACUCGCUCAAUGUCCUCGAAAGUCAGAAAUAGAAGAGAAAUAAGAAAUACAUUAAAAACUAGCUAGUCUUUAAAAGAUAUAUAUCUUCCACGUACCAAAGUUUAUAGUUCCAGCCCAUCAAGUUUUCCCGCCUUUUUAUCAUUUUUCUCUGAUGGAGAUGUUGCGCAUCUCCUUCUUCAUCUGUCUUCCACCAGCUCAAGGGUGACAUGGGAAAGGCGAUCGAAAGGGCCACUUAAGAGCCACACGGAAGUCCACUUCAUUUUGAUUAAACUAGGACCUACGAAAGGACAUACAUAUAAACUCCUUUAGAAAUCCCAACCAAGGGGAUCCAAUCCCUUGUCCCCGCAACUCUAUAAAGUAAUCGAAAUCCCCGUAGGAGAAUCAUAUCCUCUUUUGUUUUUACCAGAGUAUAAGGUCAUAGCACAGAGCGAAUGGCAAAUGACAAUGGCUCUCAAUGGUGGCUCUUUCGGCUGCCCUUCUCGCAUGUCCCUUAGAACAAUAAGAGUGUAGUUUAAUACUCCCAACAGUCCGAAUUCUGUUCGCUGAUAACGCAAUAGACAAGAGAUUGUUUUUGUCUUAGCCUAGUGUUGCGAUCUCUAAGACUCGGAUAUUUAGUCACAAAGCUCUUGAUGCUGAGUAUUGAUAAUAAUACUGUAUUUUCGGGUUAUUAUCAGUAGAUUUUUUUCUUAGAAAAUCAUGUUAUCUUUUUUCAUCUAAAGUAGAUAUAAAAACAAAUAGGUUACCUAUUAACAUUUAUCGAAAAUGUUUAUGCAUCUCUAUAAACCAAAGAAUAAUGUUUAUUCAUCAUAAUUAUUAUUCAGAGAUAUCGAUUUUUAUACCAGAGUUAGUAAACAAAAUAUUGGUUCUUGUUGUAGCGUAGACCGACGGGGAGGGGGGGGGGGAGGGGGUAGGGAAACGUGCGUAUUUGAAAGUGCUAAAAACUCUUCCACAAUUUCUCUAGUUUCAGCUCAACUAAAAUCUAGUUUCUAAUUCUAUUGAUCUUUUUUUUUUCUUAUCAAUCGUUGGAAUGACAUUUAAUGACAGUAAUUAGGCCUCUGUGUAAUGAUGGAAUGAGUGUUCUGUGCCUCUCAGAACUGCGCAGUUAGACGGGAAUCAGACAAUGUUUGAGGUUAACUACAGAAGCCUUUCUUCACUGUGAAUACAACCAGAGAUGGUGACAUGUUUAAAGUG